UUCGUGUAAUUUAGUAGUUUCUGUUGAGUUGAUCAGGAUAUGGCUUGUAUUUUGUCAAAGCUAGUUGUUGUUCUUGUGAUUUUAGCAGUCCAUGCAGCAUGUGAUAGUUCUGGGCUGGACCCCAAUUUCUACGUCAACAAAUGUCCCACCGCUCUGGAGAUUGUAAAAUCGGGUGUAGAAAAGGCAGUGGCGAACGAGGCCCGCAUGGCAGCAUCUUUGCUUCGCCUGCAUUUCCACGAUUGUUUUGUUCAGGGUUGUGACGGUUCGGUGUUGCUGGACGACAAUGCCACAUUCACAGGGGAGAAGACCGCAGUCCCAAACAACAAUUCUCUCAGAGGAUUUGAAGUCGUCGAUGACAUCAAAACUCAGUUGGAGAAGGCCUGCCCACUCACUGUCUCCUGUGCCGACAUCCUCGCCAUUGCAGCUCGGGACUCUGUAGUCCUGAGUGGAGGGCAGUGGUGGACUGUACAACUGGGAAGACGGGACUCGAGAAGCGCUAGCUUGAGCGGAGCAAAUCAAGAUCUUCCAGCGCCCAACUCCACUUUGCAGACUCUUAUCACUAAAUUCAAACUUCAGGGCCUUAACCAGGUUGACUUGGUUGUACUUUCAGGUGGUCACACCAUCGGCAUGUCACGAUGCGUGAGCUUCAGGCAGAGACUGUACGGUCUUAAUGGAGAUGCCAACCCACAGAAUAUCGAUAAUAAUUACUUGGCCAAUUUGAAAUCGGGCUGCCCGAGUUCAGGCGGAGAUAGUAAUUUAUCUCCCUUGGAUGAUGUCACCCCCACGAAAUUUGACAACCACUAUUUGAAGAAUGUGCAGAGUUUAAAGGGGCUCUUGAUUUCUGAUCAGAUCUUGUAUACCAAAGGGCAGUCUACCAAGAAUAUCGUGGAUUACUAUGCUGGUGACGAGCUGUUGUUUAUGAAACAGUUUGCAGAGUCGAUGGUGAAGAUGGGCAGCAUUAAACCGCGAACUGGAUCCCACGGGGAGAUCAGACAGAACUGCCGCCGAAUGAAUUGAUCAGUGCAAGGAUUUGUCUCUCUAUAGAAUAGUAUGCAUGAAAAUCUGAUAGAUUUGUAUCAAGUGCUGCAUUGUUUUGGAGAAUUAGAUCAUGUGAAACUGAGAUUCUUCAGAUUUAAUAAAAUAUUGCCGGAACUGUUUUGUGUGUU